ACUGAGACCUUUAACACAUCAGACCAGGUCAGUCCAGCUGUAGACAUGGUGCAGCUGUACUGCUGGGGAGAUGGCUCCUGCGGACAGUUUGGUCCUCAGACGGCCCUCAGCCCGGUUUCCUGGACAGUUCCCGGGGUCAUCACAGACAUCUGCUGCGGGGACCAGCAUACUUUAUUCCUCGCCGAGGAUGGAGGUGUUUUAUCAAGUGGACACAACUCUCAGGGACGAAUCGGGCGAAAAAAAUGCAAAGAUGGAAGGACACCAGGUCGUGUCGAGGGGCUGGGUGAUGUGGUGUCGAUGGUGUGUGGACAGGAUCACUCUCUGGCUCUGUGUGCAUCUGGACAUGUGUUCUCCUGGGGAGCCAAAGAGGACGGACAGCUGGGCAUGUUACCGGGUCAACAGGGCAACAGUCACAGACCAAGUCGUGUGCCCAUACCAAUGCCAGUACCAGUGAUUCAAGUCGCUUGUGGAAAUGUUCACUCUCUGGCUCUGACUAAAGGUGGAGAUGUUUUCACAUGGGGCCGCAACAGCUACGGUCAGCUGGGUCUAGGGAAGAACCACUUACUGCAGCACACACCUGUCCUGAUAACAGCUCUGACUGGCGUAGCGGUGACACAGAUUUUCGCUGGAGCAACCCACUCUUUCUUCCUCACACUGCCCGGCCUGGUGUACUGCUGUGGGGCCAACAAAUCAGGCCAGCUGGGGCUCAACAGAGUGGAUGAGAAAGGCAGGUUCAACAUCUGUGUGGUACCUGCCCUCAGACCUCUGGACGUCACCUCUAUCAGCUGUGGAGAGGCACACUCUGCUGUGUUAACAAAGGAUGGUAAAGUUUUCACUUUUGGAGAGGGCAGCCACGGUCAGCUCGGUCACAACUCCACUGAGAAUGAAACGAAACCCAGACUGGUUGAAGGUCUGGAAGGACCCACUGCACAGGUAUCAUGUGGCAGACGUCACACUCUGGUGUUGGGCUCUUCUGGCCACCUCUGGGCUUUUGGCAAUGGGGUCAAAGGUCAAAUUGGAAGUGGAUGCACAGAGGACAGUCUGACUCCCACUGAGGUGAAACUUCCAUGGAUGACUGACAAGGAAGCAGUCGCACCCAAAGACCUGAAAAUAUCUGCUGGUUGGAACACAAACUUUGCUUUCUCCUCGCCUGCACAGAGCUUGGUCCAAAGACAGAUAACAGGGCGCCUUGAUGAGACCAAACUGCAACGUUGGUUGUCAGUGAGAUCCGGCACCCCAGAGGCGAAGAGAGAAAUAUGUGAAAUAUUUUUCACAGGUUCCAGUCUUGUUGCAAGUUUCACAAAAGCAAGCUUUCCAAAAGAAGCAGGUGCUCUAACGGUGGACCUCGAGGCAGCUAGUCGAGUUUUCGAUCAGCUGCUGGCCGUACCAUGGAUCAAACAAACAGUGAACCUUAAGGUCCUGUUUGACUUGUUGAUGGCUUCCAAAGAUGACAUCAAAUCACCAGAGAUCAUCUUGCUGCUGCUGACGUGUCCCCUUCUCCUAGAGGACUGUCAUGUCAUUAAUACAGUGGUGCCUUUGUCUAUCGUCAUCUCAGAUCUGAGUCAGAAGAAUCGUGAAGCACUAAAAAGUUGGUGGUCGUCCCUGACACCCGCCAUGCUGACCAAGCACAUCAUGGUGUUCAAAAACGCCCUGGCCUUCAUGCUGAAAAACGGCCUCCUGGAAACUCACAACCCAGGAGUUGGAUUUCUGCUGGAGGUCCUCAAACUUCUCUACAAGGCAAACAAAGCUGGAAAGCCCUACAAAGUCCCACUGAGCACCUUUUACGUUGAGGAAAUUGAUGAUAACGUGGAUCCAAUGUCCGAUGUCGUUCUUUGGGCCCAGUUCUGUAGAGUGGAGCGCGACGGAAACAUACCGACAAUUUUCUGCUGCUACCCGUUUGUGUUCACUCUGGUUCACAAGGUGGCAGUCUUUAACAUCUGUGCAACCGUGAUAAAGAAAGGACAACAACUAGUACAUCAAAUGUCUGGGAGGAUACCUGCUGAAUUAAGUAAAGGACUUUCAGACCCUGCAGCAGCCCCGGUCUUCCAGCUGACUCUGAGACGUACUCACCUGGUGGAGGACACCUUCAGACACCUCGCUGCAGCCGACCACUGUGCCUUCCAGAAGGAGCUUUUGGUGCUGUUUAAGGAUGACAGGAAGUUAAUGAAUGUCAACAAAAGCGACCUCUUCUUGCACAUAUUUGACGAGCUGAUCCAACCUGAAUCUGACAUGUUCAUGUACAACAAGAGCGAAACUUUGCUCUGGUUCCCUUCCAAGCCAAAAGUUGAGAAGAAGACUUACUUCCUCUUUGGUGUUCUGUGUGGACUGGCUCUCUACAACAACAACAUCAUCCACCUGCCCUUCCCGCUCGUGCUCUUCAAGAAGUUGCUUCGUGUCAAACCCUCGUUGGAUGACUUGAAGGAGUUUGACCCCGUGAUGGGAGAGUCUCUGCGGUGCAUUCUGGAGGACUACACACCUGAUGAGGUGGACAGCCUGGAGACCACUUUCACUGCGCCCUGGGAUGGUGAGGAAGUUGAACUUGAUCCGAAAGAACCUGGAAAACCCGUCACAGCAACAAACAAAAAACAGUUUGUGAACGCCUUUGUGGACCAUGCCUUCAACAAAUCAGUGGAGGGAGUGUUUAAAGAGUUCGAGAGAGGGUUCUUUAAGGUGUGUGAGCACGACGUGGUGGGCUUCUUCCAGCCAGAGGAGCUGCAGGCUGUGAUGGUGGGCCAAGAAAACUAUGACUGGGAUGUGUUUAAGCAGAACACAGUGUAUGAAGGAGACUACCAUGCUGAGCAUCCAAACAUCAUUGCCUUCUGGGAAGUGUUUGAGAAACUGACAGAUGAGGAAAAGAAAAAACUCCUCUUGUUCGUCACAGGCAGCGACCGUGUCCCUUUCCUGGGUAUGGAGAGCAUCAGGAUGAGAGUUUCUGUCCUUCCCAAUACCAACGAGAUCCAUCAGCCAGAGUCCCUCACCUGCCACAAUCUGCUGUAUCUGCCCCUCUAUCAGAGGUACCCGGUCGAGGAGACGAUGCAGACAAAGCUCCUCCAGGCUAUCUAUCACAACAGAGGCUUCAGGAAAGAAGACCCCGCAGAAUAAUGUCACCACGGCUUCUUUAAAAAGAUAGCUAUCAUUUUUCAGUUAGUUCUUGUGUUCUUAUGUCUUAAACCUGCCUACUGUAACUUUAUUUUAGUUUUAAUGCUAUAUAAUCAUAUGAUAAAUUCAGUAAUUACAUUAUAAAGGAACUUAAGAGCAGUGGAAGAGUAUCCUUAGCUUUCUCUUAUUUCAUCUCAGUUUUUUAAUGUUCAAUGUUUUGCAAAUUACCCACAUUAAACACUUAAAUCUUGGUCAUUAAACUCUUUUAAAACCUUCUGUUUAAUGUUUAGUUGAUGAAGCAGCACAGCUAAGAGUUAUGAAUGGAAGUGUAGUCAUUACUCCAUCUCAACUUCACUUCUUAUUGUAAGUAAAUAACUCCACAGCGUUCUACUUUUUGUAUCUUGAAGUAUCUUGUAGCAUUAAGUUCUCUCUGUUGUUCAUAUUGUACACCUUAAAGAAAAACGUAUAUAUUCAUGGUGUCAGAAAGAACAUUUAGAUUUUAGGAAGUUGAUUAUCUUGUACUCCUCUUUGUACCCAAACAACCUACUAAAUAAAAGUAUUUCACUUUAAA